AGUGCCUUAGUUUCACGGUGAAUCCCCUUCCCCAGAUUUGGUUUGGAUAAAUCCAUGACUUUGUUUAAAAAGACUCUGAGAAGUUAUUAAUAUAGUUCUUGUUAUAGCUUCCUCGCAAUUUUCAAGGCACUAACUUUAAAAUUCGCAAGUGAAAUUGGUCCAUAAAUAUGCUAAUGACAAGCAUGGAUAUUUUUUACUAGUCUCUUUCCAUUGGCUGAUGAUAGUCCAAUACAGUUAUGAUAUAUGGUAGAAUGGAAUUUAGAAUUCAGAAUGAUAGUGAGUGUUGGUUAUUUUCAGUGAUUCCGUCAUAGCGCUGGAGUUUUCACCUAAGCUUGUGCUGUCGUCCUCUUGGUAAAGUAUAAAACAGCAUUCUAGGUGAGAAGUGUGAUACGACUAAGUUACAUCGCACACUCCUGGCUUUAGAAAUUCCACCCUAAGGAAGACAGGCUAAAACUCUGAAAAUCUUUACUGAGAGAAAAUCCAGAGCCCAAGAAGAGAAAGAAAAUCCAGAGCCCGAGAACAACCAGUGUGAUGUGAAGAGGAGCAAGUCUUUCAUGCAGCCAAGGUGCACCCAUCAAAGCUGGAAUCAGCAAACCUGACUUACGAUAUGAAUAACCCCGAGUUGUAUGAGCAAUACAAAGCAAUGGCACCUAAACUGCUGGAAGAGAUCUCCCGCCUGCUGGCAAUGCGCCGAAGAGAUGACCAGCCUUUGCCGCAGGGCAUCAAAAAUCUCUUCGAGGCUACAUGGGAGGAGCUCACUAUGCUGCCUCCUAGAACCCCACCUUCAGACUUCUUCACCCCAGUCGUCAAGACGGGACCUGCCUUACGGUGCCCACCCUUGCUUUCUUCGUUUGGCCCUGUCAAAAAAGAGGAAUCCAUGAGUCCAUCCAGUCCUCCCAAUUCCACUCCCUAUGAUGAAAAUCAAGAGUUCCUGUUUAAAUUCCAACAGGGAGCUAUCAACUUGCUGACCGAGCUCCUCACGUUGAAACUGAAGGCCUUGGUUGAACCUGAAGCUAGUCCUAGUGCCAAGGAUAUCACCAGACAGUUUAUUCAGGCGACUCAGAUCCUGAAUUUGAGGAAGAAGGAGGAGGCAGCGGAACACCAACUCCUGCCUACAGUCAGAAAAAGAGGGUCCCAUUAUAGUAUUCUCUCUUCCCCACUGCCUCAUGGUCCAUCUCGCCUCAUCUAUCAGACCUCAUCAGCCUGCUUGAGCGUUACCAUCUCCUCGAAGGGAAGGAAGAAGAAAUCAGUUGGUGACUCUGCCUGGGCAUCCAACUUGGGAGAAAUCUGGCACCUUUCUUCCAUUUCGCUUAAGCCUCCAAUUAACCUACACAAUACCGAAAACGUUCAGUAUCCCGAUCCUUGCCCCGAGGCCCGGAAAAUGCUGCGGGAGAUGUGUCAGCAAAUAGAGAAAGAAAAGGCUUCAUUAAAACAAAAGAGCGCUCCUAAGCCUGUGAUUCUGCAAAACUAUUUUCAACGGAUGUCUCGGAAGAAACAUUCAGUUGCCAAAGAGGAACGUAGCCUACCUAUGGCCCUGAAGGGAUUAAGGACCCUCAGGUUCUAUUAUAGCUUCUCUGAUGGAACCAAGUUUGUUUAUUAUCCUUCAGGAAACGUGGCUGUGAGUCAAAUUCCUACCUGCUGCUCAGGGAGAUUGAUCACCUUUGUAUACGAAGAUGCUCCAAGCUUUGCUCUUUUAGCCAUCUUCACGUCAGAAGGCCUGGCACAUGUCCAGUACAGUUUCACAGAUGAUGUUUCAUUUGCAGUGAUGAUGGAUCUCAAAGGAGGGAUUGCAAGAGAUCCUUAUGGACAAGAGACUCACUCAUGGAAAUGGGCUUCCAAAACAAACACUUUGCAGUCUUUGAAGUUUCAGUUGAAUGAACAGCUGCUGCUGAGAGUCCUCAAUCAAAAAAGCGUGUUUCUGACCUUUCAGUGUUUGGGAGAGUCUGUGACUCUGUCUGUAUCCGCAACGGAUUGCCCUCACAAAAUCCCUCUGGAAAAGCAGAUCCUUACAAGAAACAACAUAUUUGAAAUAAAAAGCCAAGUACUGAACCGAACACUGGCAGGAAUUAAGAAGCAGUUUCAGACGACAAUGAAGCAAUUUAUAAGUGUUAUUUUGAAGGGUACAGGUCUCCUCCCCAUGAAAUACCAGUUGAUGGAUGUAAUUGACCAAAGCAAGUUCCAGAAGAAUGUGUCAAGUCUGGAAUGGACCCAUAGGAUCCCAAAGAAGAGCUGCAACCUAGGGUUUUCAUUGUCAAGGACCGAAUCCCCUGUCAAGCCCUCAGCUCUCCAAAGCCCUGUCAGGCAGAAGACCCUCUUGGCCCGGGCCCAGCUCAGAGCCAGAUCAAACAUCUUGCCCAUCUUGGAAAAGGGCACCACCCCUACCAGGGUAAAGUCUUUUUCAGACUGCCCUGUGGUGCUCCGGAAGAUCAUGCGUGAAGAGGAUAUCACUUCAGGCUGCAAAUGUUCACUGAAAAUACCCACUAUCACUGAUUUGGAGUUUGAGAAGUUUAUCUCAGCCCCCAGGGUGUCCAGCCAAAUCUUGGUGAUCUGUGUGCUGGCUUCCAAAAAACCUGCUUAUUCUUUAGAACUGGAGUUGAUUUUCGAAGACCUGUAUGCCUCAACGCAGUAUGGGCGUUCCUCUCCCUGUACUGAGAGCAAACAUGACCCUUUCCGCCUGUUGAAAUAUGACUUGGACAACGAACUGUCAGAUAAGCCACCACUGCUGAUAAAGAAGCAUGCCGUCGUCCCUGGGAUGACUGUGAUCUUUGGUAAUGGGAAGCUACUCUUUGGGAGUAACAUUUUGAACAGAUAUGGCUGGAGCAAGAGGGACCUGCUUAAACAGAUCGCCCAGUCCCACCAGGAUUGCAAGAUGGGUCGCUACCUCCCUGAUGGAUUCAGUUUUAGCACCCUUUCCCCAUUUUUCCAGCGCCAUGGAAAAUGGAAACGCCUCAGAGGAAUCAAACCAAUUUCAGAGCAGCAUUCUACAGUUGACCAAGAAAGGCCUUUAGCCAUUGGGUGGAGCAAGUCUUCCUUGGGACCUCUAGAACAGAGUUUAAGUCUUAAAAGAAUGAGCACGCUGAAAGAGCUGGAAGCCGAACCCAAGUGCCUUCCAGAGCCUUCUCUGGAGCUCCCAUCAGAGAUCUCCACCCAGCCUGUUCUCCAAGAGAAGAAACAUAAAAAGUCAGGAAAAGCUCGAAAGAAAAAAGGACAUUCAAAGAGAUCUUAAGACCACCACCUCUGGGAAGAGCUGUUUCAUCAGCUCUCCCAUCCAUAUCAUCAGUGUUGGUUGGGUGAAACUCAAAACUGUGCAGUUGUAAUUUCUGACAGCUGUUAGCAAUAAACUCAAGCUUAUAAAAACCAUGAA